AUGAAAAAAGCAACCGAUGGAGUCUAUUGUAUUUAUAUUAUUCACAUUCUUAGAUGAAAAUGAAUACAUAGCUAAUUAAGAAGAUAAAUUACUUGCAAAGAUGAGAAAGAAACAGGUAUGAUAAUGUCUAAUAGAGGAACGAGAAUUGGAGCAAUUAAAAUUGUAUGAGCAAUAACAAACAGAAUAAGAAAGAAGAAAAUAUUCUAUCUUAGAAUCGACACGUUCAAAAUAACAAUAAGUAGAAUAAGCUUUAAAGGAGAAGAAAUAAAUGGUUAGUCUAUUUUAUUAUUAUCAUUUUAGAUAGAAUUAAAAAGAAAAGAAAAAGAGAAGGAAAAAUUACUUUAGGUGUAAAAGAUUGAAUAAGAAAAAUUAAAGGAAUUGACAGAAAGAGAAAUAAGUAGAGAUUUAAUUCUAUAAGAAUUAUAAAGCAAUAAAAAUAAUUAAUAAAAAAUAAUUCCAGAUAAGGUUAAACCAUCUAUUAUAAAAAAGUAAAAAGUAAUAUUUACACAAGAAUAGCUGAAGGAAUAAUAAAUACAUAAUAAGAAGAAAUUUUGAUGAAGAAAAUCUAAUUAGAUAAAUUAUAGAAGGAGUAGGAGGAGUAGAUUAAAGAUUUGAGAGAGAGAAAGGAAUAGUUAUUGAAAGAGUUGAGAUAAGCAAAAAGAAAGCAAUUAAAAAAAGUUAAAUAAAGAAAUGAGGAAGAAAAAAAUGCUUAUUAUCAAGAAAAAUUACAGAAAAUAGAGCAAUAUUAGAAAAAGUUAGAUGAUAUUGAAAUUACUUAGUAAGCUAAAAUUGAAUUGAUUGAAUAAAAAAAAAAGGAGAAAAUGGAAAAAUUAAAGAGAGUGAUGGUUAAUAUAUUCUCUUGAUAUUUUUAGGAGAAUUACAAAAAAAUAAUGGCUGAAAAAAACGAGAAAGCUUAAUUAAAAGUUUCUUAAUUAGAGGAGAAGAUAAAUUAGAUUUCUGAAAAAAUGAAAUUUACAGAAGAAAAAAUAGAGAAAAUAGAAAAAGAAAGGACAAGACAUAGAUAGAAUGUACAAAAAUAAUUAUUAUUAUUAUAAGAUUCAAUCAAGAAAUGGGAGUAUUUAAAAUAAUAAAUCACAAACAUUUUAAGAAAAGAUUCGAUAAAAGGAAGAAGAACAUCUAAAAUCUAUUACAGAAACUCAAUCUAUUUCUAAAAUCAAAUUGUAACAAGAAAAACAAAAAAAAGAAGAACUAAUACGAGAUCAUAAAAAGAAAGCUGCAAGUAUCUUAAAAGAGAUGGUGGAAAUAAAGAAUAAGAAAUUAAAAGAGAAAUUAGAUAGAGCAUAAUAAUUUAAAGAUGAAAAAGAAAAGUUAUUUAUGCAAUAACAAAAAUUAGCUAAAGAACUUGAACGUCAAAAGUAAAAAUUACUUUUGCACAGUCCUAGAUAUAAAGCAGAAGAAAAAUGA